AUGUCAAAAAAAAAUCGAAAACUCUUUUCUACAAGAUCUCAAAAAUAUAAAAAGAGCAUAGAAGAAUGUACAAAUAUUGUUGCCACUUCUCCGUUUUGGAUACACUUUUCAGCAACUAUUAAAAUGGAAUUAAAUGGAUCCAAUCCAUCAUCAAUCCUGUGCUAUGGAUUAGGAAAUUUUUUUGAGAGCAUACAAUCUAAAUACCAGCUAGGUUUGCUAUUAACAAUUAAAAAUGAAUUUAAAGUGAAGAACUGUUAUGUUUAUGAUCCCAAAUUCACGGACGCUGAACGUUCCCAUUUAGCUGAGAUUGGAUGUGAUUCACUCUGCGAAAAUGAAGAAGGAAAACGGAGUUUGUUACCCGGUACAUUUGUGUAUAUGCCUCAUUGUCCGAAACAGCUGCUAAAUAAUUUAUUAUGGGCAAAUUGGAAUAAGGAGAUACUUACGAGUUGUAUAAUUGUUUGUAAUAGCAUUGAUCAAACAGUAACUUCAACUUUAGACCGGAUUUUAAAUAAGUAUGCUUACUAUGUACAAAAAAUAUCUCCUCACGUCAUAGAAAAAAAAUGUUGUGAUGAUUUUAUUUAUGAUGAUGUAUUCAACGAUAUGGCACUUCAUAUAUUUCCUAAUGAAAAAUUAAAAGAACUUGAAGAUAUUUUUUGGGAACGAGGUAAAGAACCAUUAUAUGAUAAUGAUGAGCUAGAAUUUAUAACAAAAUUUGAGUGUAUGUCUUUCCAAUCUUAA